GGAAAAACCCGACGGGAGGGCCAACACCUCCCCUACCUACGCCGCUUUCCUCCCGCUGUGAUCCCAGUGUCCACUAUGGAGCUCGCGGAGUUCUUCGUCGCCUACCUGCAGCCAUACCUCCCCACGCCCGUCGUCCGAGUGCUUGUCCGCUGGUACCUCUACCUCUUCGUCGGCUGGCGGAUGCGCUCCGGCAACGUGGUCGUCCGGCAGAUCAAACUCGACCGCCAGGAGCGCACUCGCGCACCCGUCACGACGGAGGUCGAGGUGACCAACGAGCAGCUGUACGCCAACGACCCCGCCUUCUUUGUCGCGCACCUCGGGCCGCGGCUCAAGUACUCGGCUUGUGAGUGGCCCGUCAACUGCGGAGCGAGCACGAGCGACCCUCCGAGCUGCGCGGCGGCGCUCGCGGACGCAGAGGCGCUCACACUCGCAACGUACCAGGAGCGGCUUGGCCUCGCCUCGCUGCCGGCCGGCUCGCGCGUCCUCGAGUGUGGCUGCGGCUGGGGCUCGCUCACGCUGACGAACGCGGCGCGCUUCCCAAAGCUGCAUUUUGUCGCCUUUUCCAACUCGCCGCAGCAGAUCGAGUACGUGGCCAAGACGGCGGCGGAGCGCGGACUGGCCAACGUGAGCGUGCACGUCGAGGACUACGCCCUCUUUGUCGACCCGGCCACCUCCAAGGUGGCGCCCGCCGGCUGCGCUCCCUUCGACGCCGCGGUCGCAAUCGAGACCGUCGAGCACGCGCAAAACAUCAAGGAGCUGCUGGCGGCCGUCGCGGCGCGGCUGCGGCCGGGCGGUCGCUUCUUCGUGCACUCGCUGCUGCACCAGUCCGCAUCAUACCUCGUCGACGCCGACUCGUGGAUGGGGAGGAACUUCUUCACCGGCGGCUCGAUCAUCUCUCUCAACUCGUCCGUCCUCUGCCCGCUCCCCCCGCCCCCUGUUGAGAGGGAGGUGCUCUCCUGUGAAGCGCGGGAGGUUGCCUAUGAUCCAGAUUACUCUCUUGCAGUCCGCUACGCACCGCUCCCUCAUUUCCGUCUGGCCCUCGCCGUUUGCCCACCCGGUCCUUAG